UUUAGCAUAAAAACCCCAAAAACACCCAGCAUUUGGACUUGUAAACAUUCAGAAUUGUAAAAAAUUUUACAAUUGUGCUACAGUAGAAUCUUAUUAGUAAGAUGCUACUGUAGCACAAUCUUAUUUCUAAAAAUUAUUUUUUAAUUGUCUCUCUCCUCUCUCUCUCUCAUUAUUUCCUUUUCUUUUCUCUAUCUUCCUUCUCUCUCAUUCAGCUUUCCUCUCUUCAGACUCAACCCCAUAGCCGCCACACCAUGGCCUGACCCACUGUCACCGGCCAUGGCAAGCCACCACCUAGUCAUUAUUUCUCUUCUCCCUCUCAUUGCAGAUCAGUGUGGUGGCGUGGAGAUCGGCGUUUGGGGUUUGGCGCAGUGAUCGGUGUUUGGGUGUGGUGUGGAGAUCGGCGUUGGGCGUAGAGAUAGGCGUUGGGCGUGGGAUGUGGACAUCGCCGUUGGGCGUGGGAUGUGGACAUCGCCGUUGGGCAUGGAGGUCGUGGGAUGUGGAGAUUGGCGUUGGGCGUUGGGUGUGGAGAUCGGCGCAGAGAUCGGUUUAUGGGUUUGUUCAUUUAUGGUGCGAGUUGUUCAUUUAUGGGUCUGAUUUUGCUGGGUUUUGUUUUGGCGGUGGUGGGGUGAUGGGCAGUGAAGCAGGGGCAGUUUGUUUGAGUUUUGUAGCCUUUUUGGAGGGUGGAGGUGGUGGUGGUUUCAGUGGAAGAGAGACAGAGGCCUUUUUGGAUGGUGGAGGCGGUGGUGGUUUCAGUGGAAGAGAGACGGAGGAAGAGAAUUAAAAAUCAAAGAGAGGAGAGAGAAGGGAGAGAAUAGAUAUGGAUUUGGGAUAUAUUAUUUUAUUGGGUAGAUAUAUUAUUUUAAAGUGUAGAAUAGGAAAAUAGAAGUUGAGAUGUUGAGUAUGUUGUAAAAUUGUAUGGUAUAAUUGAUAAAGUUACUUUUUGAAAUGGUAAAAUAGGAUAGGAUGAGAUUUUCGGCU